AUGGGUCUUGUCCAGAGUGCUGUUAAUAAAGGAUUUAUCAGUGAUAAUGAAGCUAUCAAGAUCAGUGAAAGCUGCUACUUCACUGAAAAAGAAGUUCAUAUCCUUGCAAACAUAUUCCGAAAGCUGAAUAUCAAAUAUAACAUCGAUUCUAAGAUGUUCUGCGAAGCAUUACAUAUAGAAAAUCCCGAGAUUGGCGAAAUUAUCUACAAAAUAGUCGAUUCUGAUGGUUCUGGCAAACUCAAUUUCAUUGAAUUUGUCAAAGGACUUAGCUGCUUCCAUCCAGAUGCUCCAUUCAAACAAAAAGUUAAAAUGUGCUUCAAGGCAUAUGAUAGUGAUGGAAGUGGAAUGGUUUCGAAGGAUGAAAUUUUGAAAGUUAUCAAAAUCUCAUUAAAGAAUAACAAUCUUAUAGAUUUCGAAGAAGCCAAGGUAGAUCUACUUGCAAAUCAACUCGUCAAGGAAUACUCAAAGAACAGUUGCGGAGAACUUUCCUAUGAUGAGUUUUAUAAGAUGGUUUCUAAUGCUCCUGGUGUUAUUGAAAGCUUUGAUUUAGAUCUCAGUGCAUUAUUCAAGUGA